AUGGCCCUCGCCGGCGUCUUCAAGUCGCUCGGCGCGACCAACAUCAACUCCAACUACAGCAUAUCUUCCACCCUCACGACCACGGCCGGACCAUGGAAGAUCUACCCGGCCAAGAAGAAGUCCACCGGCAAGGAGUACUCGGUCUUUGUCUUCGAUAGGAAGAUACUCGACGCGCAUAGCAAGGACCUCAGCCGGUCCAGCGCCGCCGGCUUUAAGAAGGUGGUGGAAGAGGUGGUUGAACGGUUGAAGAAGGAGGCCUCUUCGCUGGCCAGGCUACGACAUCCCGCCAUUUUGGAACUCGUCGAACCGGUGGAGGAAACCAGAGGCGGUGGCCUACAAUUUGUCACGGAACCAGUAACAACAUCACUCGCGGCAGUCUUACAAGAGAAGGACGACCAGGAACGAAAUGGCGUCGGUGGCCGAUCAAGUCGCUAUGUCAGAGAGGAGCCUGACGGCACCCGGAGGCGGCGCGAGGUGGAAAUCGAUGAGCUGGAGUAUCAGAAGGGGUUGCUACAAGUCAGCAAAGCUUUGGAGUUCCUACACGAGAAUGCCGGGCUGGUCCACGGAAACCUGACUCCAGAUGCUAUUCUUAUUAAUGCCAAGUCAGACUGGAAGGUCAGCGGCCUCGCCUUCUGCAGUCCUCAACAAGAUUCGGACAAGCCGACAUCGAUACAACCCAUCAGUCUGGCAGAGGUCCUGCAUUAUGAGCCCAGGUUACCUCGGACCGUCCAGAUGAACCUUGACUAUACCUCCCCCGACUUUGUCCUCGACAACAAUUUAACAUCCUCGGCUGACAUGUUCUCAUUGGGUCUACUGUGCGUAUCUCUAUACAACUCGCCCCAUCGGUCACCACUGGAGUGCAACUCGAGUUUGUCCGCCUAUAAAAGGCACUUCCAGUCGUCACAGGGCGUGCCGUCGUCAACCAACAACUACCUCUGCUCCCGCGAACUACCGAAAGAGCUAGCCAACCAUGUCUUACCAAGGCUUAUCACGCGAAGACCGGCCACACGGAUGACGGCCAAGGAGUUCCAGCAGAGCGAGUAUUUCAACAACAUCAUGGUCAAGACUCUUCGCUUCUUGGACACCUUCCCGGCCAAGACGCCCAACGAGAAGCAGGCCUUCUUGCGAGGCCUGAUCAAAGUCCUACCCGACUUUCCCAACUCGGUAAUGGAGAAGAAGAUUCUUCCGGGCUUGCUUGAAGAGAUGAAGGAUAAGGAGCUUAUCUCUCUGAUUCUCCAUAACAUCUUCAAAAUCAUCGAGCUUCUUCCGUCCACGGCUGGCAAGAGAGCUUUUGGAGACCGAGUGCGGCCGGUUAUCAAGGAGAUCUUUGUCACCAAUGCAAAGCAGGCACAGGAAAGGGAUCCUGCUAGGGAUGCGGGUUUAAUCAUCAUCAUUGAGCAGCUACCUGUGAUUGUUGCUGCAUGUCCCGGAAAGGGGUUCAAAGAUGACAUCCUCCCCAUCAUCUUCGCCGCCCUCGAGUCCCCAACACCCGUCCUCGUCGGCGCAGCACUUCAGUGCCUCCCAAGCGUCCUUCCCGUCCUCGACUUUAGCACCAUCAAAAACGAGCUCUUCCCCGUAGUCGCCAUGAUCUUCAGCAAAACCAACAGUCUCGCCAUCAAAGUCCGCGGUCUCCAAGCCUUUGUUGUUCUCUGCGGUGGCUCCACUGACCCAUUAGCAAACAACGACGGCCUCGACGGACUCGGUCCCUCCGACAGGAAACCUGCGUCUAGCUCUAGUGCACUAGACAAGUUUACCAUGCAGGAGAAGAUUGUGCCCCUAAUCAAGGCCAUCAAAACCAAGGAACCGGCCGUUAUGAUUGCCGCCCUCAACGUCCUGCGCAUUGUGGGCAAGGUAGCUGACGCCGACUUUGUGGCUAUGGACAUCUUGCCCAUAUUGUGGGCAAUGAGUCUCACGCCCUUGCUUGACCUCAAACAAUUCCAGUCAUUCAUGGAUCUCAUCAAGAGCUUGUCCAAGCGGGUAGAAGACGAACAAACCAAGAAGCUCCAGGAGCUCAACGGCGGCAACACCUCUGGUCCAGCAGAGGACUUUAUGUCUCUAGGCGGGCUAUCCAGUUCCUCAGCUCUAGACACGAACGGGACAUCAGCCAAUGAUUUCGCGGCCCUAGUCGGCGGCGGCGGUAACACUAACAACAACACCAGCCCGCUUGACUCCGGCGGAUGGGACAACGUCCUGACCUCCAGCUCUAACAAACCCGUAACCUCCCCCACCAUCCGUUCUGGCACUGGCACCGGCCGCUCAACCCCCGCCGCAACCUUUUCCUGGUCCUCCGCUCCUCCCGCCGCCGCUCCCUCCACAACGCUAAAGCCACAAACCACCGGCCCCAACUUCCGCACCGUCACUCCCGAUCUCAACUCCUUCCAGCCUCUUACCCCCCAAUCCACUCAAUUCUCUCAACCGCUUCAACCUACCCCUUCCACAAUCACCUCCCCAACAGGAGGGACGGGUAUCAACUGGGGCGCGGCCACACAAUCGCAAGCACAAGUGAACCCUUGGUCAUCAUCAACCCCCACAUCGACCGUCACUUCUCCCUCUAUCGCUCCGCCAACGAGCGCCUUUGGAGGUAUGAACCUCGGUCAGUUAUCCAGUACUUCUAGAACCAGCUCUUCCUUUUCGUUACAACCGCCACCAUCAGCUUCGGCUUCAUCAGUCUCAACACCUGGAUUUGGUGGGUCAGGGACCGGUGGGUUCAGUCUAGCACCGCCACCCAAGGCUCCCGCGCAGAGCAGCACGCCGACAACAGCAACGACUUCUUGGGGGAGCGGGUCCGGGUCAUUUGGGAACUUGAGCCGGGGGAGUAUCAAUAAUGGUGCUAAUAGCAUGGGGAACAUGAUGGCUGCAAAGAGUAAUACGGGUAGUAUGGGGUCUGGCUUUGGUGGGAUGGGAAUGGGAAUGAUGCAGCCUCUUCAACCGCAAUCAUCGGGUUGGGGGACACCGUUACAGCCUCAACAGACACAAUCACAGCAGCAGCAGCAGCAACAGAACAAGUCAGGGUUGGAUAAGUAUGAGAGUUUACUGUGA